GGCAAGUCCGAGAUCCCGCUCGGUGAGUUCAUGGGCGUUGUGCUUGAGCGCAGCAAGGGCGCUGUGCCCGAUGAUUUCAUCAAGAGAUGCAAGCACGUCGCCGGCGAGACUACGGAAGGGGGGGGGUCCUGGAUGCCCUGGCCAGAGGCUCCUGGGAAGGAAGGCAAGGAUGCGCUGCUUGAGAUGGUCCACGCAGGGGCGGCGGCGUGCAGGCGCGCUGCCGCGGACGGGCAGCCCGCAGCCCAGCCAAAGAGCGGCCAGGGCGCGCCCCCGCCGAGCGAGAAGGACAAGGCCACGGUGCCGCACCUCAGGAAGACCCAUGCCACGUGGGAUCGGCAGAGGAGGGGCUUCGAUGCCACGGUCUCGAUGUCGAAGACGCAUGGCGCGACCGAGGGUUGCCUCUUCGAGACGGAGCUGGGCGCCGCCCUGAGCAAUGGCACCGCGCUG